AUGCCUCCACCACCUCAUAUCAAACCCGAAAAUGUCCUCAAGCGGGCUAGGGAACUCAUCGCAGUCGGCCAGUCUCCAGCCGCUCUUACUGUCCUUCACGAACAUGUCACCUCCAAGCGGACUCGUAGCAGUCCUGUCGCGUCUCUGGAACCCGUGAUGAUCCUUUUUGUCGAACUGUCGGUUGAUCUGCGCAAGGGAAAGGCUGCCAAGGACGGUCUUUAUCAAUACAAAAACAUCGCCCAGAACACCAACGUGGGGACCAUCGAGGUUGUUCUCAAGCGCUUCAUUGAACUAGCCGAACAAAAGGUCACCGAAGCCCAGACCAAGGCCGAUGAAAUCCAGUCGUCUCUCGAAUCCACCGCUCCAUCAACUAACGUUGACGACCUCGAAGCCAUCGAGACCCCCGAAACCAUCCUUCUGGCCACCGUAUCUGGAGAGCAGUCCAAGGACCGUACCGACCGCGCCAUCGUGACUCCGUGGCUCAAGUUUUUGUGGGAAACCUACCGCACCGUACUGGAAAUCUUGAAGAACAAUGCUCGCCUGGAGGUUAUGUACCAGACCACUGCUCUGCAGGCUUUCCAGUUCUGCCUCAAAUACACUCGCAAGACCGAGUUCCGCCGUCUUUGUGAGCUUCUCAGGAACCACGUGCAGAAUGCCGCCAAAUACUCGGCUCAGAUGCAUGCCAUCAACCUGAGCGACCCCGACACUUUACAGCGCCACCUGGACACUCGCUUCCAGCAACUUAAUGUUGCCGUAGAGCUGGAACUGUGGCAAGAAGCAUUCCGCAGUGUUGAAGAUAUUCACACGCUGCUCAGUCUCAGCAAACGUCCCGCCAAAAACGUCAUGAUGGCCAACUACUACGAGAAAUUGGCCCGCAUUUUCCUUGUCAGCGAGAACUACCUGUUCCAUGCAGCAGCGUGGAACCGCUUUUACAAUCUCCUUCGCCAGUCCUCCGUCACCAUUGCUGCUGGCCAAGGCUCCAAGAAAGACAACCCUUCCGUCACGGAAACCGACAUGACCAAAGCUGCCUCGUUCGUCGUGCUUUCCGCUCUUUCUAUCCCCGUCAUCAGCACCUCCCGCUCUCGUGGUGCACUGGUUGACGUGGAUGAAGCUCGGAAGAACAAGAACACUCGUCUUACCAACUUGCUUGGUAUGGGACAGGCUCCCACUCGUGCUGCGUUGUUCAAAGAUGCUCUCAACAAAGGAUUGCUUAAGCGCGCUCGCCCCGAAAUCCGUGAGCUGUACAACAUCUUGGAGGUUGAUUUCCACCCACUGUCGAUUUGCAAAAAGAUCACUCCCAUUCUCGAGCAGAUUGGUGCCGAUGCUGAGAUGGAAAAAUACGUUGUGCCUCUCCAGCAGGUCAUUCUCACCCGUCUCUUCCAGCAACUGUCCCAGGUCUAUGAGUCUGUUUCCCUGAAGUUCGUUUACGAACUCGCCCAAUUCCCUGAUCCUUUCCAGGUCACCCAGUCUAUGAUCGAGAAAUUCAUCAUGAACGGCUGCAAGAAGGGAGACCUGGCAAUCCGUGUGGACCAUGUCUCCGGUGUCCUUUCCUUUGAUUCCGACAUCUUUUCUUCGGCUAAAGCGCUUCACCCUGGCAGUGCUGCAGGAUCCGCUGAGAGCGAAGUGGGCUCUGUCCAGCGCCUGCAGAGCACCCCGGCCGAGAUCGCUCGCUCUCAGCUCAGCCGUCUUGCUAAGACUUUGCACGUAACUUGUGUCUAUGUGGAUCCGUCAUAUACUGCAUCCCGCGUUCAAGCCAAACAGCUGUCACUUGCCCGUGCUCGGGAGGGAGCCGCCAAAGAACACGAAGAUAUUCUGGCUCGCAGGGUCGUCAUCGAGAAGAAGAAAGAAGCAGCGACCGAGUCUCUCCAGCGCAAACAGCGUGAAGAGGAGACGCGCAAGAGAAUUCGCACUCAACAGCUUCAGGAAGCCGAGAAGCAGAGGUUGCUCGAUGAGCAGCGCGAACGUGAGAAGAAACGUAUGAAGGAUGAGCAGGAUCGCAUUCGCCAACAGGAAAUCAAGAAGCAGCUUGAAGAGCUGAAGACUGGCGUCAAAGGUAUUGACCUUAGCGAAAUCGACCCUGAAGAGCUUGAUAGCAACCGCCUGCGUGCUAUGAAGCUUGCUCAGCUUGAAAAAGAGAAACACGAACUCAAUGACCGUAUUCGUAUCACUGCUAAGCGUAUUGAUCACUUGGAACGUGCUUUCCGCCGUGAGGAGGUCAAGCACGUCUCAGAGGACUACGAGAAGCAAAAGGAGCAUGAUAUGGAAGUCUAUCAGCGCCAGAAGGAAGAAACCUUGGUGGAAGCUCAGAAAAAACACAAGGCGGAUGUUGCCCUCAAACACCGAUUAAGCCGUCUUGUCCCACAAUUCACUGAAUUCCGUGAUAGCCUUAACGAGAAGCGCCACGAGGAGUUCGAGAGACGCCACAAGGCUGCUGAGCGUGAAUUUGAAGCAAAGAAGAAGCAGCGUGUCAAGGAAGUCCAGGAGCGUAGACGUCGUGAGAAGGCCGAGCGCGAAGAGGAGGAGCGUAUCAGAAAGGAAGAGGAAGAACGUGCAGAGCGUGAGGAGCAAGAGCGUAUCGCCAAGGAGGAAGAGCAGAGACGAGCCAUGGCCGAACGAAAGGCCCAGAGGGAGGAGGAGAGAAAGAAACUCGAUGAAGUCGCCGCUCGCCAGAAACAGCGUGAAGAAGAAGCUGAAGCUCGCCGCGCCGCUCGCCGAACUGGUCCGGCCCCCGAACCUGCUCGUCCAGAGCGUGUAGAGCGUGCGGAGCGUGCAGAGCCCACCGAGCCUACCGAGCGAAUUGCUCCUCGCCUCAAUAUCGCUCCUCGCACUACUACUGGACCAAGCUGGAGAGAGCGCCUGGCCGCCAAGGGGACCACUGAUGAAGCCGAGGCUGAACCCAGUGAUGAAGCCCCUCCUCCAGCCCGCAAGGGUGGCUACGUUCCUCCUCACCAACGUCAAGGUUCUGCAGCCCCUGCUCCACGAGAAGCCACGCCGCCUGCCAAUGGUGGCGGUGCUGAUCGCUACAUUCCUCGCCAUCUUCGCGAGGGAGGUGCUCCCCCGGCCAGCAGGCCUACUGCUCCUCCCAGCGAGGCACCCGAAGAAUCCAAGCCAAGUACUGGUGGCCGAUGGGUACCUAGCUGGAAGCGCCAGCAGCAGUAG